AUGGCGACGUCUGCAGAACAGACAAACAUGGCAGGCAAAUCAGCUGCGGAGACGACAUCGCGGAAGUUCAAGGCUUCCGAACUGCCGUUGCCGUCUGCAACACGAGCGGCGAUCGAGUCUCUGGCACAUAGCUUCAAAAAAGAAGGCGCUUACGAUUCGAUACGGAAGCAGGUUUGGGACAAGUUUGCAGCCAGCGACUACGAGGCUCAAGUUACAAAGGCCAUUCUCGAGGUGGCCGAGCAAGAAGUCGAGCGCAAUCCCCAUCAGCUCCUGACGUUGGACCGUAGAAAGGCCGCAGCUCUUAUCGAUGGCGCGUUGGAGCGAUCGGGAGUGUAUCACAAGGCCGAGGAAGUCAUCGGGGAACUGAUUGACGUCGGCGCAAUCGAGCAGAGUAUUCGGGAAACCAGGCGAGCCGAGAUCGGUGAGGAAAUCGCCAACGAAGAGCAAAAACGAGGAGCCAAGACGGACGAGGAAUAUGCCGCCGACACCGCAGCAAAGCAAGCCGAACGCGACAGAGUACGAGAGGAGCUGAAGCAGAAAGAAGCUGCUAUUGAAGAGGAAAAGCGGCGUAUCGCUAAGGAAGAGCGCCGCAGAGAAGAAAAGGAGCGUGAAAAGGCCGAACUCAAACGCCAAGAAGAAAGAGAUGAGCGCCGAAGAAAGCGCGAGAAGGAGCGCGAAGAGAGAGAGCGACAGCGUGACUUGGAGCGAGAGCAACGGCACAAGGAGCGAGAGAAACGAGAGAAGGAAGAAAGGGAGCGCGACCGUGACAGAGAUCGCGACAGAGAUAGAGAUCGGGACAGGGACAGAGACAGAGACAGGGGCCGUGACCGUGACCGUGACCGUGACCGCGAUCGUGACCGCGAUCGCGAUGGCUCUCGCAAGGAGAAGGUGGUUCUGUCUGAAGAGAUGAAGGAGAAGAUGUCCAAGGAGGAUCACGAGCGACUGGAACAGGAGGCUUUGGCCGAUCUGUUGCGAGAAAGCAGCAAAUCGACACGCACAAAGACCGAGAUGGAGAUUGAUUCUACCUUGGCCCCUCCUCCCAGGAAGAUUGGCCCAGCUUCGGCCAUUAACCCGAUUCGAAGAGACUCCUCCAAGACCGCAGAGUCUAGAAAACCAAGCGAAAGGAGAGACUCCAAAUCAUCCAUCGACCCAAAACUGUCAGGAGCAAAGGACGAGCGCCCUCCUAGCAGGAGCGCAUCACGAACUCACGAGAAAGACAACGACAGGGAUAGGGAUCGAAGCCGCCCACGAGAUACGGAUGAACGGCGCCGCCGUGAUCAUCGUUCAGACUCGCCAAGGCGCGAUCGUAGUCGUUCCAAAGUUAGAGAUAGAAGGGAUAGAAGCCGUUCGAAGCUGCGAAGAGACAGGAGUCGAUCUCGGCGCCGGAGAGACGACAGACGUGAGCGAAGUCGCUCGAGGUUUAGACGCGACCGAUCUGUUGCUAGAAGCAGCUCACGGCGACGAGUUCGAAGCCGGUCACGCCCUAGAUCUCCUAGGCGAGAGAGGAGCCGUUCUCGAAUCAAGACCGAACGACGAGACCGUAGUAGGGAUCGCAGCAGGGAUCGCAGCAGAGACCGGAGGGAGCAUUCACGCUCACAUGCUACAAGAACCGACCGACGUGAUAGGAGCCGCAGCGGUUCUCGUCUACGCACUGAUCGACGCGAUAGGAGCCGUUCCCGUGCUCGACGACAACGCAGCCGGUCAAGAGAUAGCCGUCGCGGCGCAGCAGACUCCUACUACCCCGGCAGAUCGGACGCACGCUCGCCCCGUCGCCGCAGCCGUGAUCGAUCCGGCGAUAGAGACAAGGAUCGAGACCGAAAGGACCGGGAACGGGAAAGAGACCGCGCCAGCGACCGACGAAGCCGCUCGCGGUCCCGACCAGGAUCAUCCGCCGUGCCGCACGGAGCUUCCAAGGACGAGCUCGAGGAGUGGAAGCUCGAAGAAGUCAAGAAGCGGGAGAAGGAGGCUAAAGCAUACCUGGCGGCUCAGAAGGACGCCAGGGAGAAAGGCCUGCCUAUCCCCGGCGUGGACGACAAGAAGAACAGUGGUGAGAGAACACUUGCCGCGCGGCACAAGGGUGAUGGACAAGCAGUUGACAGAUAUGCCCCUGGAGCCCGGGACGAUCGACAUAGGAGCAGAUCGCGGAGCAACAGUCGGGAUAGGACCCGGUACCGCGAGCGAGACAGAGACAGAGACAGAGAUCGAGAUCGGGACCGACGAGACCGCGAUAGAGACCGUGACCGUGACCGUGACCGCGAUAGGGAAAGGGACAGGGAACGGGACAAGGACCGGAGAGACCGCAGCCGAGACAGAGACCGUGACCGUGACCGAGACCGAGAUCGAGAUCGCGACAGACGGACCAGACGAGACCGCAGCUUAUCCCCCCGCCGAGAGAGACACCGAAGCCGGAGCCGCCGUCGCAGUAGGAGCCGAUGA